UAAAUACAUCCACUCUUCCCCUCUGAAUUCUCCUAUUCCCAAUUCCCCAUUUCCACAUUCCCGAAAUCCUUCCCUCAAAAUUUCACACGCAGAUAGUAAAUUCUCUCCGUUUCUAGAAUAAGGAGAAGGUACAACACAAGAGUAACACCAUCUCAGAAAUUUGUGUGCAUCAGAAAUGGCGAGUGGAAGAGUAGAUCUGGACGGAAAACCUAUAAAGCCGAUUACGAUAUGCAUGAUAGGCGCCGGAGGCUUCAUCGGCUCGCAUCUCUGUGAGAAGCUGAUGGCGGAUACGCCGCACAAGGUGCUCGCUGUGGAUGUUUACAAUGACAAAAUCAAGCACCUUCUUGAGCCGUCCUCGCUGCCGUGGGCGGAUCGCAUCCAGUUCCACCGUCUUAACAUUAAGAACGAUUCUCGCCUCGAAGGCCUCAUUCGCAUGGCGGAUCUUACAAUAAAUCUCGCCGCUAUAUGCACUCCAGCAGAUUAUAACACACGUCCUCUUGACACAAUCUACAGCAAUUUCAUUGAUGCUCUCCCUGUGGUUAAAUACUGUUCGGAAAAUGGCAAGCGCCUCAUACAUUUCUCUACUUGUGAAGUUUAUGGGAAAACGAUUGGUGCCUUUCUACCCAAAGAUAGCCCACUGCGGCAGGACCCGAAUUAUUAUGUUCUUAAGGAGGAUGCCUCCCCGUGCAUUUUUGGCCCCAUUGAGAAGCAGAGGUGGUCAUAUGCAUGUGCAAAGCAGCUAAUUGAGAGACUGAUCUAUGCUGAGGGUGCUGAGAACGGUCUUGAGUUUACGAUUGUGAGGCCCUUCAACUGGAUUGGCCCGAGAAUGGAUUUCAUACCUGGAAUUGAUGGUCCAAGUGAGGGUGUUCCAAGAGUUCUGGCUUGCUUUAGCAACAAUCUCUUAAGGCGUGAACCGCUGAAGCUUGUUGAUGGUGGCCAAUCACAGAGAACAUUUGUUUACAUUAGGGAUGCUAUCGAAGCUGUUCUUUUGAUGAUUGAAAAUCCAGCCAGGGCUAAUGGUCAUAUAUUUAAUGUGGGGAACCCCAACAACGAAGUUACAGUGAGGCAGCUUGCUGAAAUGAUGACGCAGGUCUAUUCAAAGGUUAGUGGAGAAUCUUCAAUAGAAACACCUACCAUCGAUGUUAGCUCAAAGGAAUUUUAUGGUGAAGGAUAUGAUGACAGUGACAAGAGAAUUCCAGACAUGACCAUUAUUAACAGACAGCUAGGAUGGAAUCCACAAACAUCACUUUGGGAUUUGCUUGAAUCCACCCUUACUUACCAACACAGGACAUAUGCUGAAGCCAUCAAGAAGGCUACUUCAAAACCUGUUGCCAGUUAAGGAAAAACGAAGGAUGUUUGGGUCCUCAUCUAUGUGCUUCUAUUGCUCGGCCUUCUCUAUUCAAUUUUAAGGAUCUUUCCAUAUAUCAAUAUGGUUCCUUCUCAUACACACAACAUUCUUUAUCUCUCGAGUGUCGCUAGUCUACGGCUCCCAGUUGAAACGAUAUCCUGUAUGUCUAGCAUGUUUGAGAAAUCGCUUUACGUGGAACUCCGUUAUAUUUUGCUGGAAUUUGCUGCUAUACUUUUGGCUAAAACAAUGUCCCCGAUAAUCGUACGAGGAAAAAGGUAGUGUUGCUCCUUGGGGGUUUUGUUGUUGGUGAUAUGGUUUAGUUUUUGCCUACAAGAGAGCAUGUUGUACCAUUUUGUUCAAACUUUUAAUAGUUAAUUAUUUUUUUUGCUAUAAUCUAUUAUUGAUACUAUUAUUAUUAUUAUUCAAAAGUUGGGAAAGUGUAGAGCAAGUGACUGUAUGAACCAUGUGUUGUUAUGAUGAAAUGUUGAGGAGCUUGAGCUGCAAGCCUAAA